GCAAAACGAUAGAGUAUGGUAACUGAUGGGCGACAGGUAGCCUUUAGGGAAACAGCCCAUCCGCGGUACCUAGAAAACUGAAAGAUUUUGUUUUGUACAAUAUUGAUUAAAUAUGCAACAUGUGUAACACAUUUUAGAUUAAUUUUAGAUUAGAUCCGAAAUGAAAAGAGGAGCAUUUACCCUGCUGGGCACUCGGAAAACCCCGUCUCUUUUCGACACAAACGCUGAGAUCAGGGAGAGCGACAAUGUGGAUCUGCCUUUGGACUCUUCUGCCAGGCCAGAGCCAGGCACAGCUAGGGUGCGAGCCAGGCCAGCUGUCCAGCUUCACACAUCAUCCUCUUCAUCUUCCCAAGGCUUUGCUGUCCCAAUUCCAAAAGUGCCACUUAUGCCCCCAACCAAAGGAAUGAUUGCAGCUGGGAGAGAAAAUGGCAAUGCAGUUCCCAGUCAGAGCUCCUUUUUUAAUUCACUGGAAGGAGAGAUGUACAUUCCUCCACCACCAACUAUGCAGCCCCCUCCCCCACCAACAAAUUCAGCCAGCUGUUCCUCACCUAAUCUGCCUGCUUGGAAACCACCAUCACCAAAGCCAGUACAAAAGGUGUUCAGUCAACACUCAGACCUCUCCCCCGUCAUGUCAUCCCUGAAAAUUCCCUCGAAAGGUUCCUCAAAUUCACCUAGCACCAACAUCUUUGAUUUCUCUAGUUCAGCAGUCACUAAAUAUGCCAGUUUACCCCCAUUCUCAGACCCUACUCUACCUGUGGAGAAAUUAGAAGGCACCACACCCAGAAUCCAGAAUCCCCCCUCUCCGCCAGAUAGGCUCUCCUCCUUGCAAGUUUCAGAUUCUCCAGCUGAAGUCACUGCACCUUCCAGUUUCAACCCCCAGAACAAGGCUAAGCUGUACAGUAUGCCAAACACCAGCAUUUUAAAUAAACAGAAGGAUAUUCAACAUAAGCCUAAUAACCCCAUCAUCGUUUUAGAAGAUCCUUCCACAGAUAAAAUUUCACGUCCAGUACAAAUCAACAGUAAAAUUCCUGCUGCUGUCAACAAUUUUGGGUCAGCUACACUGUCAGAUGCUCCUGCGAAGCCAGCUCAGAGUACAAGUCCCCAGAUGCAGAAUGACCAGCAAGAUGUCAAGGACAUCCUGCAGGCCAACCUUCCCAACAAAGUGACUGAGGGACAUAUGUUUCCUGUCAAGGAUUCUGGGUCAGUUAUUCUAGAUGGAACUACAUAUCCUGCCCCAGAAAUCUACUCCAGCCCAAAAUCAAGUUAUGUCAUGAUGCAAGCCAGCAGAAGCUACAAGCAUGGUUUAGAUGUGAGCCGAAAGCCAUACUACCUUCAAAGGGGAAGUAGAGGCUUGCAGUCAAGGGAGUGCACAACCUCUCCUAUUGCCCUUCUGCUUGCUGCCAAGGAGCGAGAGAAACUCAAGUCAUUACACUUGAAUGAAUCUUCCUCAAUUGAUGAAACAAAGACCAAUAAUGCAAACUCUUCAGCCCAGAGUCUCCUGAACCCUCUGCCUCCAGCAUCCGUAGGUGAGCGUGUAGCUCAGUUUCCAAAGAGGCAGGACACAUACUUUGUGCGCUCCACUCCAACACUUAACCCCACUCACAAUGAGAAUAGAUUACACGAUGACAGCACGUCUAUCAUCCCUCCACCUCCCGAAUUUGCAAACUUAGAGGAAGAUACUAAGAAUCAUAGUGAUCAUUUCAGUUCACCUCCUAAUCUGCCUCCCCCUGACCCACCUGUAGUGAAGACACACUCUGCACCAGAACUCCCUAUCGUUUCAUCAACCUCUUCCCCAGAAAUCAAGCCAGCAAAAGCACCACCUCCUGAAAUCAAGAUAGCAAAAGCACCACCUCCUGAAAUCAAGAUAGCAAAAGCACCACCUCCUGAAAUCAAGAUAGCAAAAGCACCACCUCCUGAAAUCAAGCUAGCAAAAGCACCACCUCCUGAAAUCAAGCUAACAAAAGUGCCACCCCCUGAGGCUAAGCCAGAGCCCCCCUCUGGCAAUCACAGGACCCUCCAGAGCAUUAUACAUAAGAAACAGUUGGACCAGGGAUACGGCUUGAGGCAGUUAGACAAAGAGUCUGGAAUUCCUGUCAGGCAGAAUCCUGCUGACAAAAUGAAAACAGGAUCACCCACAAACGUUAAUUCCUCGCAGGCUCACAGCUUUGUCCUCAGUGAACUGGGAAGUAAAGUGGCAAAGAUGGCUCACAAAUCCUCUGUGACGUCCAAAGAAACCAACAGUGAUUUGCCAACAUCAAAGCCGCCCUAUGGCACCUCCUUCAUAGUACGACCUGGGACUAAACAGCCAAUCAGUGUCAUCAGGAAAGGAGAUUCUUCAUGAGGACAAGGGACUGCAAAAUACAGACUGCAUGGAGAAACACAUUUAUUGUCACAGUGACAGAUAACAGAAACAGAGAGAAGUCCUCACAAGCCACAGAAAAAGCAGGUUCUACCAAACACUGAGAUGAAAUUGGGAAUGUUCCAGACUCCUCUGUCAUAUGUUUCCUAUUCACAGUGCAAAUGGUUUACUAAGACACAGCAGGGAAAUUACAUACCUACUUUUGUUAUUUUAUUUUCCUAGAUUAUUCAUACUUUUAUCCUAAGAAAUUUACAACUUGAAUUUAUUUUGUCAGAUCAUACAAAUGGAUGUUUUAAGAGUAAUUCGGGUGUGGUGCUCCAUAGAGCAGUGUUUCUCAUCCUUGGGGGGCCCCAGACAAUCCACAUUUUUACUCCUGUAGACUGUCGGGUCCCCAAGGAUCGGCUUGUGAAACCCUGCCUCAGUGAAAUGUUGUUUCUUCAGACACUUCUUAAAAAUCCAACGAUCACAAAAAUCCGUGUGCUAAACCAUUAUGCUACAUGUGGCCUUUCCUUGAUUAGUCUAGUUGACCAUGCUUGUCUUAUUAUGAAAACUCAAAAGGAUUUUUUAAAAUUCAUAGUUAUAAAUUAAUAUGUGCACAAUUUCACUCUGUAGUGUAAAAGAAAUGCUGUAUAAAGUAUAUGUGUAUAUAAGUCUUUGUCAUAUCCUCCCAAAUGCUUUGAAUUAUUGGUGCUAUACAACAUUCCAAAUAUUUGGGGUGUGUGCGUGUUGGGAAUGGUUAGUAUAUGUGUUGGAAAUUUAAGUUUUUGAUGUAUGGUUCAGUUGGUCUUGUUACCACAGCAUCACCUAAAACUGAUCUACUAAUAAAAUAAGUUUUGAUUAUUA